AUGUAUGAUAAAUUAGUAUUCAAGCCUCCACUUACUGCUGAAACGUUUCAUAAUGGCAAUAGAAGUUUUGCUACUUCUAAAGGUUAUACUAAACCCUUUCAUAAACAUAAUCUAAGUUCCAAAAAAGUUCGGCAAAAAUCUCAACUUCAAGUAAAUACGAAAAAGAGUAUAUCAAAUAAUAUAACCGGAUUAAAACAAAGUGAUCAAGCUAUGCGUAAAAUAAGUGGAAAUGUUUGGUGGCAAAAUUACAAAGUAAUUAGACUUGGUCAUUAUCCGUCUAUCUCUAAAUUUACUCAAAAAAAAAAUGGUGUUGCAUAUCAGAUUCCUGAUGAAUAUGAAAUUAAAACGACUUUAUUAGGAUUAUAUGUAAGAUGUAAAACUGAAUAUAAUAAACAAACUGGAAAAAUUAAAUAUAUAGUUAGUUGGGUAAAUUCUUAUGAAAAUAUAGUAUCAAGUAGUAGUAUGUCCUCAGCAAGUAAUGCUGGAAAUAAAUUUUUAAUGCUAAAUAAAUUUUAA